UAAUGAAUAACAACACUGAAACAGAGAAAUUUCGAGCCGAAAAAGAUACAGAACGAAUUUAUCUCGAUUAUAACGCGACUACUCCGAUUGCACCUGAGGUUCAGGAGGCGGUGUCAAACGCCAUGAGAGAUGCGUGGGGCAACCCUUCAAGUUCCCACACGGCCGGGGUCAAAGCCAGGCGUUUGAUCGAUGAGGCUCGUACAAAUAUUGCCUUCAUGGUAGGUGCCAAAUCGGCGGACAUUGUUUUCACUUCUGGGGGCACAGAAGCUAACAACUGGGUCCUACACAUGGGUCUACGGCAUUUCAGGCAUCAGCGCUCCCAAAGGGAGAUAAACGGAAAAGGAGAAUCUGCAGGAGCAGUUAAGCCCCAUUUCAUCACCAGUAACAUCGAACACGACUCUGUCAAGCUUGUUUUGGAAAAUUUUGAGAAAGAAGGAUUGGCUGAAGUUAGCUACGUGCCAGUCUCAACCGCCAGCGGGAAAGUGACAGUUGAUGAUGUGGUUGCUGCUGUUCGUCCAACUACGGUGAUGAUUUCCAUCAUGUUGGCCAACAACGAAACUGGUAUUCUCCAACCAGUUGCUCAAAUCUGCGAGCGCAUCCAUCGACUCAACCGAAACUCUAUACCAUUCCAGCGCAUACUGCUGCACACAGAUGCGGCGCAGGCACUUGGCAAAAUUCCAGUUGAUGUGGAAGAUCUAGGUGUUGACUUUUUGACGAUCGUGGGUCACAAGUUUUAUGGACCACGUAUUGGUGCCCUCUACAUUCGUGAGCCAGACCGAGAAAUUGCAGUUUUCCCUUUGCUGGUUGGUGGGGGACAGGAAAGAAACUUUAGACCUGGUACAGAAAACACACCUAUGAUUGCAGGCCUUGGGUGUGCAGCAGAACUGGUGUAUCUCCAUGUUGACAAGUACCAAACACAUAUGAAAGAGGUACGAGAUUAUCUGGAAGAAAAACUGUUACAAGAGUUUGGCGCCAACAUUUGCUUCAAUGCCAAAUUCAGUGCCAGUGAGCGACUACCCAACACUUGUAACAUAUCAUUCACCAGAAAGAGCCUUGCUGGGUACAAAGUCCUUGCUGCUGCACAACGACUGCAAGCUAGCACUGGAGCAGCAUGCCAUUCUCAGAACCGCCCAUCAUCUAUUCUCUUGGCAUCGGGCGUACCAGAACAAUUAGCAGCCAAUGCCUUGCGAUUGUCUGUUGGACGGGAAACAAGUAAAAAAGACAUUGAUAUGGUCAUCGCUGAUCUGAAACAAGCUCUAGAGUCCCUGAAGUAGACAAGUUUCUGUCAGUAACAGAACAGCUGUCAUGGACACACAUAUACAGCAUCUAAUCCCUAAGAGUUAGCGUUAUCUAUUAUUUAAACUGGACAUUAUUUUUAUAUUAUUUAAAUUCUUCAUGAUUAUUUAGUCCAUUCAUAAUGCUAUCUGUAAAUAUGAGAGCUGCUAAACUGAGGUUUUAAAAAAAAAUAGAUGUUGUCAAAUGUAGAUGACAAGAUGUGCUUUUGUUCAAAGUGUAAGAUUUCUUUUUAUUCUAAAUGAUUUGUUAUGCCAUUUACUUUUCACAUUUCUACAAACCUGUUACACAUAAUGUUUAACUUUGAUGCACAUUAAUCCACAUUUAAAAAAAUUAUACAGUUUAUGCUAUUUCCACAUAAAACAAUGUGCAAUUUAUACUAUUUCCAACACAUAGGGUUGCUGUGCUUUUAUUUUGUUAAUCAGUGCUUGUUCAAGGAGUCCUUUAAGAAGGGAUUUAAAUCUUUUGAAAGCUUUUACUAAUGCUGCACUCUUACUGGGGAACUUUCCACUUUCAGUUUUCCUACUGAAUUGAAAUGUUGGUUGCUAUUAGAAACACAGGAAACUAUAUUCAAAACCGGCUCAUAACUAUUUGAGUCAUUUCACACUUCUAAGCAUAGUAUAUCCUUUCAUUGUUAACUAGCUUUGUGCACUAUAUAUUUCUGUCAUUACACCUAUUACAUGUUUUGCAUAUUAUACUGUAAUUGGAAAAUUGUACCUUUGACAGGUAUUCUUUAUUGUUCCUUGUACUUUUAGAAUUGAGGAGAUUUCUUCAGCUGACUAAUUAGUAAUUAGAUUUUGUUUUUCAUAUUUUAUUAUUCCUAUUGUGUUUGUUUGCAUCUGGUUGUUUGGUUGUCAUUCUCCUCAAUGUAAUGUCUGAUUUACUCAUUUUGUUGAAAAAUACAUUCAUUUAUACUUUUC